AUGGCUUACGCUUUCGAAGAUUUUCUUCAACUCCCCAAUGCAUUGUUCGACCCAAAAUGUUCGAGUCGCUAUAAUCCUCAAACACCAGUUUAUGUUGAUGAUGUGCUUGUGACUGGUGAUGAUCGUGCUAAAAUUUCUGCUUUAAAGUCCUUUUUGGAUUCUCAAUUUCGAAUCAAGGAUCUGGGGCACUUACACUACUUUCUGGGAUUAGAAAUACUUCAAGAAUCGGGUGGUGUUAUUAUUACUCAGCGUAAGUUUGCUUUAGAACUCUUAAGUGAGUUUGCAUGUGACAUUGAUGCCUCUGUUUCUGCUCCCUUACCUGCUUCUAUCAAGCUAACUUCUGAUUUUGAUGAUCUCCUGGCUGAUCCUCUUUUGUAUCAAAGGCUUUUUUGUGACUCUGAUUGGGCUGCUUGCCCAGAUUCCCCCAGGUCUGUUAGUACGUUUGUUGUGAUGCUUGGUUCCAGUCUUCUCAGUUGGAAAUCAAAGAAAGAAGCAAUUGUUUCUUUGUGA